GAUGCUAUAUUUUUUGCUUUAAGAUAUGUGCUACACUCUGUUGUGUUUUCAUUGUGUUAACUAAUUUAGAAUAAUUUGACAAUUAAAUGAAUAGAUUUUCUUUUCGACAGUAGACAACGAGGUGUGCGUUAAGUGCUUUUAAAAUGAUUAAUUUUGUAAAAUUAGUAAUGGCAAAGUGUAAAUUUAAUUAAUACAUGUUGGAAAAGUAUGCCUUUAAAUUAUUUAUUCGCGAAUAGUGCAUGUCGUUAGAAGCACGUGAAAUUUUUUCAAUUCAAUGCGUGCCCAUUCUAUAUCACGCAAAUCUCUAUUAAAAAGUAAAAAAGAAAAUAACGCAUAUAGAUGUGCAUGCUAAAUGCAUAUGCUGAUGCAAUAUAUGAAAUAUUAGCAAAAAAAUUGUGAGAAAAAAAUUUGUAUUUCCAAUAAAAAUGAGUGCUGAUGAGCCUGUUAAAGCUGUUGAAACAAUAUCAUCUUGUGCAGAGGAAAAUGUGAAUAGUAUAAAUGGCCCAACAACAACAACUAUGAUCACUCGAAACGCAAUUCCUACACUUUCUAGCCACGCCACAAAUAGCGACGCAUCGUUUACAACAAACACAAAUAUUACUUCUUCUAAAAUGUCUGGUGCUGAAAAUCAUGGCCAAAAUACACUCGAUACAAACCAGCAGCCUCCAACAGCUACUAGUUUUACACCAUCGAUUAAUCCUGGUGUCAGCAAUCAGAUUCAAAAUUCCAGCACAGCUAAAAGAGUCAUACGCAAAAUUAUGGUAAUUGAUCCAAAAAAGCUACAACAAGCUGGUUUAGAUCGGAAAUUGGCCGAAGCAAUUGGUAGACAAAAACUUAAGGCAUUAGCUAAGGAACAUAAGCAAAGGGCACCUAAAAGUUCCGAUACCAAUGUAGCUUCAAAUAAACCGCAGCUGGAAUCGAAAUCACAAAUAACGGCUCCAAAGAAACUAAUAUCAGCCGAUGAACCGAUGAAUACACUGUCUUCGACUAUAAACAUACAAAAUGCACCACCUGUGGAAACCACAAGCGUAACUUCUGCGGCCACAAACCCGGCGAUAAAUUCAAUACAUGCAACAUCCGUGGCUUCACAAAAAUCUCCUGCAAUAAUAAAGUUGGAAACAGUGAAAAAUUGCUUUCUGGUGCCACCAGGUUCGGAAAAAGCAGCUCCAUCUAUCAAUACCGCGUUAGUUAAUCGUAUACCAACACUCACAGCUAACAAGUCACCCAUACCUGAGCGGAAGGUUUUUGUAACACCAAAAAUAACUAUUACCCGUCCUGGUGAAGAACACCCGCCUUUGCGAAUAAUUCCCGAACAACGUUUAGAGAAUGUCAAAUAUAUAUUGCAAUGUAAGAUUUUGAAAAAACAACAGUUAGCGGCUCUACAGUCACCAAACACAGCAAUGAUUACAAACGCAACCACGUCACAGCACACGCCAUCAAGUGCUCAAAUGCCAUUACUAGAAUCAAAAGGCGAACUAUCUGGAACUGAAAACAUUUCCAAAGGACAAGAACUGAAUAAACUUUCACCUGCCAAAACACCGAAGGACAUAGCACGUGUUCUUAAUUUCAGCGCAGAUACGCCACUUCCAACACUUGGCCCAACAUCAGCCGCUGUGACAAUGGCCGAUAUGAAUAAAACUGUUAAACUUGAUGCCGCUAGUACAAUGCGAAUAAAGAAUUAUACACACAACGUGCCAGUAAAGCCAGAAACGACGGGUACAAGUGUUGCUGAUGUCAAGCGCUUGAUUGCUCGCCUCAAUAACGUGACAAUGCGUAAAAUUAAUCAAGAGCCCAGCAUAGCUACAGCAACUGCUCAGCAAGAUGCUGCGCCAGCAUCCAUCGAGAUACCGAAAGCCACCAUACGAUGCAUAAAGUUGCCAAUGGAAAGUAAAUCUUCGCCUCGAAAGGCGCGGACUUCGAAAAUAUAUGCCACUACUACCAAAAACACGGAACAAGCCGCUAUGGGGCCUUUGCCCACUUUGAAAAAUUGCGGUUUGACAGUUGAAAACAAAAACGCCAGAAUUCUUUAUAAAGCUCCUCCGAAUAAGGAGUCUUCUGAAAACCAAGUUAGUUCUAGAAGCUUUACCAAAACAGCACAGCCAACACCAUCUGAACAUCAUGAUGCUGAACUAUCUAAAGAUUUCCCACAAUUCUCACCACUGAAACAACCAUUUCCGGUUGUUACACACUCGCAAGACUUGCCCUUACCCACAAUCUCUACCUUCAAAACACCAUUUCCUACGACUUUGAUCAAAGUUGCUCCAAUGGGACAAAAUCAAAGUGAUACUGUCGAACCAUCGGUGUCUGAUGAUUUCCUAAGAAAUACAUACGUGGCGACAUCUCAAACACAAAACACAUCAAAUUCAGGUCAAAAGAGUCUAAUUGUAUUGGAGCAUAAGGUACUGUCGCAAGAUGAAAAGAUCGACCUUACGUCCCUGGGAUUUGCUACGUCUAAACUAGAGCCGAAAUCAGAGGCACAUGCAUUGGAAGUUAAAGGUAGAGAGUUAGCGAACAAUAAUCCGCAGGAGACAAAUGUAGGUAUUGCUACCACUGAAAUAGCGACCACUCCAGAAGUAUCUGGAGAGUUGGCUUAUCAGCGAACACAAGAAAGUCAUGAAAUUAGCCAAAAUCCAGUUUUAUUACAAAAUGAGGCGAUUGAUCGGGAAUUUGUACCUUCUAUACCUGAAAAUGCAAGUACAACAACUGAGACCGUACAAGAGAGCAAUUUAAUUGCGCAAAUCACAGAUUAUUCACAGCAGACACAAAACAGCGAAGAGACUACCGCAACUCUUGACAUGCACCAAAAAGAGCGAAAAACAGAAGUUCAUGCAGCCGACAAGGCAAGUCCAGCUUUCUGCAAGCCGCUGGAAGAUAAUCAAAUGGCUAUUGCGACAGCAUCGUCGUCGAGUGGCAACAUUUUGCCAAUACAAAAGGGCGCCACACUUAAUAAACGCACCAUACUGUCGAUGGAUAAAAUAAACCUAUCUGCAGCGAAAAUAGCCGAGCUUGUCAAGACUAUUCGCGCAAAAAAUCCGAAUGCCGCAAAACAUUUUCUUAUAGUACGAAAGGGCGAUAGUAUGCAGAAGGUUGGGGAUAAACCUGCGACGUUCAGUAAAGUAAAUUUGAAUAUUGCCACAAAUACUCAAGGAAAUACAACGCCUGAUACUAUCAAAACAUCUCUUGCAAAUACAAGCAAUGUGAACUUCCAACCGAUCUUUACAAACACAUCAUUAACACAAAAACCAGCUGAGACUACUGCCGGCCAAAUGCAAAACAUGUCGGUGAGAUCAGAUGCAGAUCUUGAUGUAAAGUCUCUAUCAUUUGAUAUGACAAAGGGAAACCUGGUGACUCUUACGUCUAAAAAUCUAAGCGCUCCUACCUCAACGGCAUCCAUUUCCUUUGUAACCGAUGUUGCUCCGAUAGCUUGUACUCAGUCACAAUUUGCUACCAAACCACAAACGCUUGUGAAGGGACAAAUUAUAACAGACCCACAAUAUGAUGUGGACCAAACCGUUACAAACUCACAUUUUCUUACAGAAUCAGAACAACAAAAUAUUAUAGGACCUGAAAAAGUCUCAGAACUACAAUCUAUUUCAGAACCAACAUCAUUUGUAAGGUCGGAAUCAUUUAUUCCAAUAGAAACGGCUUCAGAACCACAACCUGCCCCUGAUCCAAUGUCAGAAAUAGUAGCAGGCUCAGCAAGUGCACCAGUCGCUGAAGCAAAAUUCAAAAAUCCUCUGCCACGCCUUCCACGAAAAAUUUCUGAAUCAGAGCAUUGUUUUCACAACAAAUCCGCCGUCACUGUAAUCGAUAGUGGUGAUGAGUCAGAUACACAAAUAUCUGCUGUCGAUUUUAUCGCCUCGCUGGCUGCGCAAAAUCCAAUUACCGAAGAUAUGAAGUUAGAACUGUCCCCAGAAGAACUAAAUUUGAAUGCUUCAUUCGCCAUGAAUUUUUCGCCCUUGCGUAUACCAAACAGAGAUCGAACUGAGAGCCUAAAGAGCGAACUUAUCGAACAAGAUAUAUACGAUGUCUACAAUGAGCCAAAUGUGGACACACUACCAGACGUAUUUGAACCUGAGACCGCUUCUGAUGAGAUGCAGAUCGGGAAGAUCAUCACUAUCAGCGAGGAGAAUAUUUUGAAAGCUGUCGCCGCUUCAAAUGAAACGCAAAGCUGUAACGAAGAAAAAAACUUAAAAACACAGGAAGUUUUUAAACUUACAAAAAGCACUGAAUGUCUGUCGGCGCCUGCGGAGGAAGUGAAAGCAGAUGAUAUGGAAAAUGUGAACGAUCUGGAUGUCGUGGAAACUGACAGUUUAGCUGAAUCAAAAGUGGGCCCCAUAAUAGUGAAGAAUAUUGAGAUUGGCGUAAUAAAUAAUUUUGAAGAAUCUCGAGCUAGUCCAGUGAUUGUGAAGAAUUUGCAGAGUAGCUUAACAGCGGAUGUCGGGGUAGUGUGUAAAAAUCUAAGCGGUGGCGAAGAUUACACCGGAGAAGUCAAUAUAUUGUCAUCGGACGAAUCUAAUAUGAGCAAAAUGUCCGUUAAACCUCCAACAGUUGAAGUAACAGAAGCCUGUUCCGUGGUUCAACCAUUAACGGCAAUGGAAACUAAAGAUAAAGAAACAAAUCCAUUGAAAGUUGCGAACGCAGAGAAGAGUUUGCAAGAUCUUGAAGAAAAGCCUUUAAAUUUGGAAGAGAAUACAACUGCCUUUGCUGAAAGCAUAGCCGAAGAGUUUUCCAAAGAGGGCCCGAAUGCUAACGAGCAACUGAAUAUUGAAAGAAAUGUUAUUUCUGAAGAAAAGCCGAAGCUUGUGGAAGGUGAGACCUCUACAGUAUUGCCUAAGCCAAGGUUGCCGCGGUUCAAGAAAGGCAAAAUUAAUUUGGUACAACGCCGACGGGUAAUCGGCAGUGUGCAGAACACCAAACCAGAACUCAAAACCCCGACCGAAAAUGCCAAGGGCACGACAACAGAUCAGAAUGACGUUAGUAAAGAAGAAGUCAUAAAAAAAACUAAUAUAGUAGACAAGGUAGCCGGAAAAACGCGCGGAGAAGUAGAGAAAAAAGGUGAAACAUGUGCGCAAAAGGAAGACACAAAACCGUUAUUAUCCGAGGUAACAGCAAAAGAGGAAGAAACUACAGCUGUCAUGCUUGACAGAAAUACUCAAAGCUCAUCUACGCAUACAUUUGAUCAGCCUCCCAGUGAAGUCGCUCCACAAAUCAAUGGCGAAUCACUAAAAUCUCAGACUAACGAUGAACCGGGCGAAAUAACGCGCAGACCCGCGUCGCUAUCUGAACUGUUGAAUCCGCCAAAAUUGCUAAAGCGGAAAUCUGCUGGAUCGUCUAUCAACCCCGAAACUCCGCAACCAACUGAUAUGUCAACUGUAGAAAAUACAACGAAUAUUCUUUUGAACGCAAUAAAGUGUGCCUCGGAAGAAAUCGAACUAGCUCCGCCUCAAAUUCCAUUCAAGAAACCAAAGAGCGAGACUUUCCUCGACGAAAAGCCAAUCAAAGGAAUUCAAAAUCUUUUGACAAAAUUCAAUAAAGACAAAAAUGUGGUUGAAACUAAGAUUGAUAAAUCAACUGAAGAGAAUUUGGCGGACGCAAGUACAAAUUCGGUAGAGGUUACAAUGGAAAAUCGCUUGGAAACUGUUGAAAGCUUUACUGCGGUUGUUGAGAAUUGCAAGGUGAAUGUAGUGAAGAAUCACGAGGAGGCGCUUGAGCAUUCUAAAGAGAUUCACGACAAUGCCCCACCUUCGACUUGUUCACCGGAGAAUGCGGGGAAAGAAAGUGAACAUCUUAUCAGUUCAGUGCAGCAAAAAACUGAAGCUGAGAAUAGACUUGCAGAAGCGGAAUGCCAUAAGCAACAGUUUCAUGCGGCAAAUUUAGACGUCCCGAUGAAUACUGAGACGGCCGUUGCGCAUAAAGCUGAUGAAGCUAUUGAUUGUGAUAUUUUACAAGUGAUAACCGAAGAAAAGCAACAGGAACAAAUUGCGGCAGAGAAGACAACAAAGGCCGAAACGCCGACUAUUGAAAGUAAGGAAAAUGAUUCAAAACCGAAAUCGGAAUUCCACGGGUUUAAUCACAACUCACCUAGUACGCAAAAUAUAGAAAAUAAUCUACAACAUAUACUCACAAUAACCACCAAUGCUGAGAACACGAAGACACGCGAAAUAAACUUUAGCACAGCAGAGCGUGAGAGUCCACACACUAGUCCACCUGGUAAGAGCGCAGCGAAAGGUGCGUCUGCUACGCCCAAGUCAGUGUCUAAAAAGGUUCAGUUCAGACAGGCGCGCAGGUCAAGGAAUCGACGUAGUGUUCCACUCAAAAAACGUUGGGGAGUCUUACGCGAAUCGGAUGAUGACAUAGAAGUGACAGAUGAUGCUUCGCCAGCCGAUGAUGACGAGGAAGAUGCUGUUAAGUUGGGAAUAACGUUCAACUCUAGUGAUUUGUUGCAGAAUAUGAGCAAAAGCGAUGAGAAAAAUGUAGCCGAAGAAAGUCAAAUGCAAGAAAUGGAUGUUGUAAAGGAAGAAGCAGCCCAAGACAAACCUGAAAAGUCUACUAACACGGCGAUAGAGCUGCCAGAGAACAAUAAACGAAAUAGAGCUGCCACAGAAACCAUAGAUACUGAAGAGCAAGCAAGGGAAAUGUCUCUUAUCUCCAAAGCUGUGAGUCCUAAAGAUUCGCCAAGACCCAUUAAAAAAGUGCGUUUGAAUCCAAAGUCCGAAUAUACGAACUCAGCGUCAUCUAUAGAAAGUAAAGAAAGUGCAACUACAGGAACAGAUUUAGAGACAGCAGCGGCAAUUGAGGUACUGCCUGACGAAAUUAUAAGUGCAGAUACUGAUAAAGCUGAAGUGAAAGAAAUAAAAUUGAGCAGUAGAAGUCACAGGUCAAUUAGCCGCACUUCAGACGAUGCAGUCAUGCAAAUUGAGGAAACAACAGAGAAAACUCAAUCGAAAGUUGGUGGACGAAAACGUAAACUAAAUAAAAAUGAUUGCAAUGAAUCAACAGCGGACAUACAAAUAACGGACGCUGCAAAAGAAACGACUGAAUUGACCAAUGACAAUAAUAAAAAAGUUAAUACUGAGGACCCAACGAAAAAGGUGGAAAAAGAAGAUACAACUACAAAGGCAACUAAAACGCGUUCAAAGAAGCUCACGUUUGUUGAUCCUGUCACGGAAAGAACUGACAUUGACGAAGAACAACCAAAGAAUGUUAAUCAAAGCAAAAAUUCCUCACCCUCGACAGCGUCGACGAGUGCCAGCAGUCACAAAGUGAACACUGACGACUCAGCACAACAAAGGGAAAAAGAAAAUAAUUCAUCCAAAGGGACGAAGAGAUGUUCCAAAAAGCAAGAGGCGUCAGAUAUAUCGGCGCCUGUGAUUGAAGAAGCAAAGACAGAGACUGAACCACUUAAACCUGCGAAAAGGCGCUAUAAGAAAUCAAAUAUUAAGGACGAAACUUCAGCGACUAACACAACAGCAACAAAUCUCUCAGUAAACGAGGAAUCGACGAUAAACGAAAGCCAAACAGCUGCGCCGGCGCAAAGUCCAUCAUUCGUUGAAAAUACACCGAACGCUUCAGAAUUCAGUGCGCGCGCCCAAGAGUUUGCAACAUCAACCCCGAGAAACGAAGAGCCCGCAGCUAGUGUUGUGCGUAAACGUGGCAGAAAGCGGAAGUUGCCGCUCGAAGAAGCAACCGUGAAAAUUGAAAAUGAAACGAUUAAAACUGAAGAGAACGCGACUGUGGUGCGUAAAAAGCGCGGACCCAAACCCAAGUCAGCACGUGCUACAGGGGAGAAUACAAACGCGUCAAUCGUUUGUAAUGGUAUUCCCGAGCUGGAUAAAACAGUGGAGCAAAAACCAGUUGUGAGUUCACAUGAGCCCAGCAUGAAUGUAACUGAUGAUAUUAAGCCAGCCGAUUUGGAGACUCCGGUGAAAAUUCCGAAGAAACGUGGGAGAAAGCCAAAAGCGCUAUUGAACGCAACAGUAAACACCGACGUCUCAAUGGAAACACCUCAAACACCUCAAACACCGACGGACGUUGAUAUGCCCAAAAAGAAACGAAUCGGUAAAAGACCGACUGUGAUAGAUCUUGAGGAGCGUGGCACGUUUAAUGAGCGCCACCUGUUGAUGACUAAUCGGGCGCAACUCGACAACGAUGAAGUGCUGACGGCCGAACCCGUGGCCACCACUUCGAAAGCAGAUCUCAUACAAUGCGGACUUUGUUUGCAGCAAAUGGCACGUAAAGACUGGUUGGACCAUCUAGCGACACAUUAUGGUGUGGGCUGGAUCGUGGGCGAAAUGAGACCGACCAACGUUACAUUUCGGAAUGAAGUGUUGAAGGCGAUGGUAGCUUUUCUGAAAGCACACGGCGAUACAUAUCCCUUAACUUGUCGCUUGUGUCAACGCACCUACCGUUCGGCUUUGGGCAUUUUGUUGCACAUUGAAGCAUGUGGCGCCACCGACACGCGUGUACCCUGCGAUUUUUGUCAAAGACAAUACACGAAAGGCAGCUUGCCGAGUCAUAUGCGUGGCUGCAGCCAACGUGUUCAAAAAGAAGAGGAAAAGGACGAGAGCAAAGAGAACAAUUCCGAAACGGUUCUUAAUAAUGUGGGACGCUUUAAGCGCGUUGCUGUGCAAAGGGCUGAAAAAAUGCUGAAGGCAAUCGGCAAUGACACACAAACCACCGCAAUAUGUACCUUCAAAGAUGCGAAAAAGUAUGUAGAAUUUGUGUCUACCACAGUAUUAUCCACGGCUGGAACUGAGAAAUGGUCGAAGGAUUUGAAAACCAUGGGCAAGGCGCAAUGUCCAGCAGCGAACUGUAAAUUUUCAGCAGAGGCAUUAACCUCGCUACAAGAACACUACGCUAGCUGUAAGCUAAGGAAUAAUGCACGGAAAGGUGUUUACAUUUGUAAUCUAUGUGGGGAGUCGUCCAAGUCCUAUAGUAGCUCGUAUAGUGCGAUACAACAUGUUUUACAAGGCCAUAAGACCGAUGAAGUUGGACAAGAUUUCGAAGCAGAUGCUUCCGAUUGCGGCAUUAAGACGGAUGAUGAAACGAGCGGUGAUGAUGUUGAUGCUUCAUCGGGAGUGGACUCGCAUGAAGAUAGCGAGGCUGGUGGUGAAAACUCGCUUGAUGAAGGUGAAGAGCAGCUAGUAAACAAACCAAAACGUACAAAGAGAAAGAGGAAAAAAGCUGCACCAAAUGCUAAUCUUGCCGAUAGAUUGCAUGCACCACGUGAUCUGGAGCAUAGUCAAAAAACGAAAGUUUUGUGGCAAGAAUUUGUAACCGCGAAUCACAGCACCCAGCCACUCUUCGCCGACGUCAAAGUUAACUAUAGCAUUUGUGCACGCGCCGAUUAUGAAAAAUAUCUACCGCGUUCGGAAACAUCAAUGAAAUUCAACUUGAAAACGGAUCUAAGAAUUUCUAAAAUAAAACCUGAUAUGUGUUUUGGCGUAGCGCAAGAUUUGGAUUGGUCACAGUUGAAACGGUUUGAGACCACUGCUUCAAACAAUGAACAAUUCACCUACAUUGGCGAUGCUAUAAAAAUGUUGAAAUGGGCGCCCUUGCCUGCCGAUGUUAAAGAUCAAUACCUACUUCUGGGCACACGACGUGACUAUACCCGCUUUAAAAAUCCUAAAACUUGCAAUACCCUACUUUGGUUAUACAAAGUUACAUGCAAAGAAAUGAAAAAGACAUUCCAACAGCAAAUACACUACGCCAUUAAUAUACCCGAUGGCCCUGUACAUUGCGCAGCAUUUUUGCCGAGCGGCGGUUACGAUGAGCAGGCGAACCGUUUGGGUUUGCUCGCUAUUGGCGUUGCUAGUAGUACGAUUAAAGUUUAUGCUUUGCCUUUGAAUAUCGAAGAAGCAACGUGUGCGCAGGAGACGACUGAGAAAUUAUCAGAGGAUUUUAUAACGAUACAAUUACAACCUGUGUGGGUAUUAAAACUGGAAGCAAAGGAACAAAGUUUAGGCGCAAAUGCCCUUGUCGAAACGCAAUGUACUUCGCUGUGUUGGUCUGAGUUUGCUGGUCAUGCGCACAUUUUUGCCGGCUUUGCUAAUGGCUGUGUCAGUUAUUGGGAUAUCAGCAGCGAUAUGAAUAUAAAUCGUUUCGUCAUCGACGGUGUGCCUAAUUAUGUGCCAAUGAAUUUCUUCUACACACGUGAGAAGAAUGUGCGAUGCAUGGCACUGCACUACGAUGACAGCGGCGUGCGUCUGAUCGCCGUAAUUGUUGAUAGGCGAUUGUUGCAUGUGUAUGAUAUACAACAUUUCGAUCGUCCGAUACUGUUAAAGGAAGAAGUUGGUAGAAAUGAAGUGGCAGAACUGGAAUGGUCGCCAAUUUGGCAGUCAGUGGCGUUAGCAAUCUCCGGUGCCUUGGCACAUGUUGGCCAUUGCAGCUAUGUAGUGAAUCCAACGAAUAUAGUUUACAAAAAUGAGACUAUUGAGAAAAUGAAUGGCGGCGUCAAUAGCAUACAUUACAAUCCUAUGCAUAAUAUACUCGCCCAUGGUACGGAUAAUGGUGAUUUGGUGCUUUUGGAUAUACGUGAAAUUCACUUAAAGGACAUAAUGCGCGAUACACAGCGUGGCUCACAUGCAGCGGCCAUAAUGGAUAUGGUCGCUUUGAACGGCACGGAUAUACCGAAAUUCGAUACAAGCAGCGUACCGAAAGACUGGGCUCUUGCCGAGAGUGAUCUUGAGACGAAGUAUGGUCUCGUAUUCGGACCUAUAAAGGGCUUUGAAAGAACGCACCGAAAAGAAUAUCUUAACACGCAACGUCAACCGCCUAUAAAUUUGAUGCAUUGUACACGUAUAAAUGCUUUGAAAUUCAAUUUAAAUAGGCUGGGUAAGCAGUUGCUGGCGGUUGGUUAUGAAAAUGGCUUCUUGCGUUUGGCGUAUGUUGAUUCCAAAGCAUGUUUCAAAUGAAAGUUUUGCCCUUGCUGAAAGCUAUGACAAGAGUUAGUGAGAAUUUCUAGGCUUUUGUCAGAGAUUUUAUGAACUUAUACAUGUUUGCAUGUACAUAUAUAAAUGUAAAUAUAUACUCAAAUUAGAGUAAAAUAUUAUAUGUUAUAAUAGUUGUAAGUAUAUUAAUUAUUUAUACUUGUUUAUGGCAUAGUUUACGCGUAAGAUUACAAUUAAGUUAUUAGUAUUGGGAAUAUAUUAUUAAAUAUUAUUAUAUUACAAUAUAUAAACAUUAUUUAUAGUUGAAUGCACUAUUUUUUUUGCUGAUAUAUUGACAUCGAGUGAAACAUCACAUGUGUUGUAGUAGCUGCAAUGAAAUGCAAUUUGUGGAAAGAGAGAUUAUACGCAAAAAAUGUGUGGUUUUGUGAAUUUACGCUUAACAAUUAAAUUGAAUAAAAAGUCAAAAUCGUUUACGCAAACUUUCUAUUUAUUUUUUAAUACAACUACGUUGAAUUGCAAAACGAUCAAUUUUACACGUAAAAUGUUAUGAUAAGUUAUCUAUUUUUUUUUAUUUAUAUAUCUCUGAACGUGUACUUGUACGUUAGCGAAGUUCUAUUUUACGCUUCUGCUUGAAUUACUAAACUGUAAUACCAAUAUAAAUUGAGUGUUUUAUACGAUUCGUACACAAAUACACAUAAAUAUCGCUUGAAAUAAAAAUAAAAACAAA